GGUCCCCGAGAAGCCCCCGGGCUCCGAGAAGAAGCCCUCCGGCCCGGAGAAGGGGCCGAGCUCCGAGGGAACGCCCGUCUCCGGGAGAAAGUCGGUGCUGGAGAGGAUGGACGUGUGGGAGAAAAGACCCAGUCCAGCGAGAGCCGGCAUCCCCGAGAAGCAGCCCCCCCCAGCGAAGGCGGCAGGCUCGGAGAGGGGACGGGUGUCUGAGAAGGCGUUGAUCUUUGAGAAGUCUCCGGUCGCAGACACAAAGCUGGUCCCCAAGAGGGCUGUGGACCCGGAGCAGCCCCAGGCCCGGGAGAAGCCUCAGCCCGAGGAGCGGCUGAAGCCCAAGGAGAAGCCUCACCCCCAGGAGCAGCCUCAGCCCAAGGAGAAGCCUCAGUCCCGGGAGCAGCCUCGGCCCAAGGAGAAGCCUCAGCCCCAGGAUGAGGAUCAGCCGAAGCCCAAGGAGAAGCCUCGGUCCCAGGAGCAGCCUCGGCCCAAGGAGAAGCCUCAGCCCCAGGAUGAGGAUCAGCCGGAGGAGCAGCCUCGGCCCGAGGAGAAGCCCCGGGCUCAGGAGCAGCCCCAGGCCCGGGAGCAGCCGGUGGCUGAGAGAAGCCAGAGAGCCAGGGCCCACUGCCGCCUGCCCUUGGCAGAGCCGGGGGGGUGCACCCCUCCGACCGCGGCCUCCCGCCUCCCGCCCAUCACACUCCAGGUGACAAUUCCCAGCAAGGAGGAGGAGGAGGAGGAUGCCUUCUCGCCCACGGGGGCCACCUACAGCAGCUCCCUCCGCCGGUCCAGCCCCAGGACUAUCUCCUUCCGGAUGAGCCCCCGGACCACCAACUCGGAAGCCACCCUCACCCGCAGUGCCAGCGUGAGGCUCCCGGUCAAGUUAGGCGAGAAGCUGGAGAGAUACCACACGGCCAUCCAGAGGUCAGUGUCGGUCAAGUCCCCCGGCUCCUCCCGCACCGAGGUCUUCGUGGCCCGACGCUCUGAGAAUCUGAAGCUCUCGGGGGUGGUGACCUCGCGGCUCAACCUGUGGAUCAGCAGGACCCAGGAGUCGGGGGAGCAGGACCCCCAGGAGGCGAAGAAAGAGGCGGCAGCCACCAAGCGGACCCAGUGGGCGAAGAGAGCGGGCUCCACCCUGGAUGCCGAGGUGUGAGGCCGCCAGGCAGCUGCAAGUCCCGCCUCCCUCACGCCAGGCCCGUCUCUGCAGCCGCGCCCUCCCCUCCCCCAUCGCCUGACCCUUUUCUGCCUCUGGACCUGGGCCCGGCAGGUGGCACGUCAGGG